UACACUCCCAACAAAAUAGCCGACUCUGGCUACUGGCUUCUCUUUCGGUCCAAUUCUUUGCAAGAGAAAACCAAUUCCUGGGUUGUGUGCCAUUCAUUUUCGUUCUUCACUUGCUACCUUUUCUCUUUGUUUUAUCUCUUUCUUUCUCUGGUUACAACAAAAGAGACUUGGAAUUCUCUGUUUUUGGGCUUUUGAAGAUAGAGAAAGAGGUAGACUGACCAUUGCCGAUAAAGGUGGGAGUCCCUCAAACCAUUUUUUUUUUGUCCUUUUGGAGAAUGAGAGUGGGAGAAGAAUGGAUUUCUGGCCAGAGUUUCUUGCAAGUAGUUGGGGAAAAGAAUUUGUGGCUGGUGGGUUUGGUGGCAUUGCUGGUAUAAUCUCAGGUUAUCCUCUCGAUACCUUGCGUAUCCGGCAACAGCACUCAGGUUCACCUUCUGCUUUUGGUAUCCUACGCCGUGUAAUUGCCAAUGAAGGACCUUCGGCUCUCUAUAGAGGCAUGACUGCUCCCUUGGCAUCAGUCACUUUUCAGAAUGCCAUGGUGUUCCAGACCUAUGCAAUCCUCUCUCGGGCAUGUGACUCAUCUGUUUCACCUGAAGACCCUCCUUCCUACAAAGGCGUCGCGCUUGGAGGUUUCGGUACUGGGGCUUUGCAGAGCUUAUUGCUUAGUCCUGUCGAACUCGUAAAAAUCCGUCUUCAGUUGCAAAACACCAACCCUACAAAACCCCAUCAGACACAUCUUCACAAAGGCCCUGUAGAUGUUGCAAAAGGCAUAUUUAGAGCAGAAGGUCUGAGGGGUUUUUAUCGAGGUUUCACCAUUACUGCACUCAGAGAUGCACCUGCUCACUGUGUCUACUUCUGGACUUAUGAGUACAUGCGAGAACAGCUUCAUCCUGGCUGCAGAAAGAAUGGGCAGGAAAGCUUGAAAACCAUGCUAUUAGCGGGAGGGCUAGCGGGAGUUGCUAGUUGGGUUUUUUGCUACCCUUUGGACGUCGUAAAAACCAGGCUGCAGGCUCAGUCAGCCUCUUCUCCAGAUAGGUAUAAUGGCAUUCUCGAUUGUCUACACCGCAGUGUAAAACAAGAUGGUUAUGGCGUACUCUGGCGAGGACUGGGAACAGCCAUUGCCAGAGCUUUUGUGGUAAAUGGAGCUAUCUUUUCUGCCUAUGAGAUUGCAUUGCGCUGUUUAUUCGACAAUGGUAGCAUUCAAACCGAAAACACCACCCAGUAGAUCAUCACUCCGUAAAUGAUUAUUGGACACAAAGGGGUUUUGGAAUGUUCAAAGAAUCACACAAGCAUGCUAAGCCGAGCGAAAGGGUGGCUGUCUACAUCGGCAUAGACAGACACGAAACAAACUGGCAAGACCAUCAAUGGCAGCAACAACGCUUUCAGGAGAAAUAAACAAACAAGAGUGAUAGUCGCCAAUUAUUUUUGGGCUGACAGUUUGUAGCAUCCGUGUACACAAAGUGGAAAUUGAACAUUGCUUCCCUUAACAGAUAUCACUCUGUUUAGUGAUUCUCUAUCUCCAUUUAUAAAUUCUGCAACUAUUAAGCCAA